AUGGAUCGGAGAGAUCCCAUGAACUCGGCCUGGACCGAAUCCGAGGUGUCGACACGCAAGAACUCGAGAGAGUGGCAGACUUCCAGACCAAACUCACCCAAGCUGGCACCACUAGACCUCGGAUUCGUCAACGAGAGGAAGGGCAAGGAGAACGAGAAGGACGGCUACAACACAACCAUCACGCCCAUCGUGGAAAAGGGAACCGUACCACACCACGGUGCCGCCCACGGCCACCUGCGCGAUGUCCCUGGCCUCGGAAUGAUUGACAUCAACGACCCCAACCGCCCGAGGUUGGGCUGGAAGGCGCGCAUUCACCACUUCACCUGGGCAUGGUACACCCUCACCAUGAGCACGGGAGGUCUCGCGCUCCUCAUCUUUGCACAACCGCACCAGUUUCCCGGGCUGAGGCAGAUCGGUACCGUCGUCUAUGUCAUCAACAUCAUCCUCUUCGUCCUUGUCUGCUCCGCCAUGUUGACGAGGUUCUUCCUCUACCCCGGAGACAUGAAGAAGUCCCUCACGCACGAACGCGAGGGCUUCUUCUUCCCAACCUUCUUCCUGUCCAUCGCGACGCUCAUCACCAGCACGAACCGAUACGCCAUCCCCGAGAACGAUGAGACCCUCGUCUGGGCCAUCCAGAUCGCCUUCUGGGGCUACCUCAUCGUCACGCUCAUGUUGGCCAUCGGCCAGUACAGCUUCGUCUUUGCCAGGCACAACUUUGGCCUCCAGACCAUGAUGCCGACAUGGAUUCUGCCCAUCUUCCCCAUUAUGCUUACCGGCACCAUCGCCUCCGUCAUCGCCGACACCCAACCCGAGAUCGCGGCGGUGCCCAUCGUCGUUGCCGGUCUCACCUGCCAGGGUCUCGGUCUGUCCGUUGCCGUACUUAUGUACGCACACAUGGUCGGUCGCCUCAUGUCCGCAGGGCUCCCCCAUCGUGAGCACCGCCCCGGUCUCUUCAUGAAUGUCGGACCCCCGGCCUUCACUGCUCUCGCCCUCAUCGGCAUGGCCAACGGGCUUCCUAACAACUUCGACCCCGACCGCGAUGGUAUCCUGAUCGACGCUGGUAUCAUCAGGACUAUUGCUCUUAUGAGCGCCAUCUUCCUGUGGGCCUUGGCUGCCUGGUGGUUCGGCAUCGCGACCAUUGCAGUCAUCUCAUCGCCGCCCGUCUACUUCCACUUGGGUUGGUGGGCUAUGGUCUUCCCCAAUACAGGAUUCACUCUUGCAACUAUCACAAUCGCCAACCAGUUGGGCAACGAGGCGGUGAAAUGGUUCGCCACAGGAAUGAGUUUCUGUCUUCUCGGAGCCUAUUGCUUCGUUCUGUACCACCACAUCAGGGCGGUCGUCAUCCAGGACAUCAUGUAUACCAUGAGAGACGAGGACUACAACGACCACUGA